UAAGGGGGCAACAGUCACCUUACAUAAGGAUGCAUAAACAGGGGAAUUGCCAGCAGGAGCAGAGAGGUUAUUUUCCCUCUGGACUUGGCCCUGGUGCAACCGCUGCUGGAAUCCUGGGUCCAGUUCUGGCAUCCUCAGUUCAGGAAAGAUGUGAAUAUAAUGGAGAAGGAUCAGAGAAGAUCCACAUAAAUGAUUAAAGAGUUAGAACAUGUGGCCUGGAGUGAGAGACCCCAGCAGCGCAAGCUGUUUAGCUUAACAAAGAGAUGCUCCAGGGGUGACUUGACCCCAGUCUAGAAGCACCUAUGUGGGGAUCAAAUAUUUAAUAAAGGGCUCUUCAGGCCAGCAGAGAAAGCUCUAAUGUGAUCCAUUGGCUGGAAGUUGAAGCCGGAGACAUUUAACCUGCGAAGAAGAUGUCUCUGUUUACCAGGAAGGGGAAUUAACCAAGGGAACAAUGUACCAAGGCACGUGGUGGAUUCUCCCUCAAGGUGGGAUGUGUUACUAGAUCUGCUCUCAUUCAAACAGGAAUUAACUGGGGACAGUUCUCUGGCUUGUGUUAUCCAGGAGCUGAGCCUUGGUCCCUCCUGGCCUGGGAAUCUACCAGUCUCUGCCAUGGCUUCUUGGAAUCCGUCUUCUCGCUCUGGUGCCAUCCUGGGGACAGGGACACAAAAUGUGCAGACUCCUGCUGUCAGGAAGGGGCCCACCUGGACUAGAGAUCAGCUGUUAUCAGAGCCCUUCUGCUCCUGAGUACCACUUCUCACCCACCGGGUCCCCACUCUCAAUGAGCUCCAGGGCGAUGGAGCGACUCCAGGAGGACGUCACCUGCUCCAUCUGCCUGGAUGUCUUGGAGGACCCUGUCUCCAUCGAGUGCAGCCACAACUUCUGCCGGGGCUGCCUCGUGGCUCACUGGCGUGAGGUCUCAGCCCAGGGCUACCAGUGCCCUGAAUGCCGGGCUCCCUGCUCCAGGGACAGGAUGACCCCAGACACGCGUCUGAGAGCCCUGGUGGAGAAAAUCACAGAGCCCCUGCAGGAAGAGAUGGAGCUGCAGGGGCCGAGGAGUCUGCCAGAGCCGGGGCGCCCGGUGCAGCUGGUGCGUCUGGACGAGGAAGGGGGCCUGAUCCUGGACGAGGAGGCUCUGAGCCGCUGCCUGGAGCAGGGUGGGGUGGGGAAUUCCCCCGUUUGCCUGGUGUCCAUCAUCGGAGAGCAGCGCCGGGGCAAAUACUUCCUGAUGAACUACCUGCUGCGCCGGCUCCAGCGCCCAGAGGCUGAGGAUGCAUCAUGGAUGGGCCAAGAGGACCAGGCCCUGGUGGGAUUUGAGUGUCGCAAUGGGACAGCAACUGUGACAAGGGGGGUGUGGAUGUGGGACCAGCCCCUCUGGGUCCAGGCCCAGGGGAGGAGGGUGGCCGUGUUCCUGGUGGACACCGAGGGCUCCCUGGACCUGGAGCGCCACAUGGAGACCAGCAUCAGGCUCUCCGUGUUCAGCAUAUUGCUCAGCUCCUACUGGAUUUUUAACAUUUCCAACAUGUUUACCCGCACGGAGGCAGAUUAUUUGGAGAUAUUUAUUAAUGUUGCAAAGGAGGUUGGCGAGACCUGCAAUCUGCACUCAUUUCAGCGUCUGGACCUGUUGGUGCGAGAUUGGCAGCUGUCCGGAUCCUACGGCUUGGAUGGGGGGCAGGAGUUUCUCAGAGAAAAAUCACAGCACCUGGAGGCCUCUGCUGAGCAGCCCCUGGUGUUGGGAGCCCUGAGGGCGAGCGGCACCCGGUGUUACCUACUGCCCCACCCUGGCACUGGGUUCACCAGCUGCAGCGUAGGGAUGCCAAGUGACAUGGACAAGAAAUUCCAGCAGUACCUCUGUGAUUACAUCACCAGUGUGAUGCACUCAGCAGGGACACACAUCCGGAAGGACCGAGCUGGGCAGGUGCUGACAGGGACUCAGCUGGCUGCCAGGAUCAAGGACGUCUCUCGAUACUUGAAGACCAAACACUACGACUUCUCCUCCCCCAUGAAGAUGGCCGAGGAGUUUGCAGCAAUAAGACAGGAGUUAAACAGCAGAGCAGUAGAGGCUGUCAGGAGGGAAUAUAAACAAUUUGUGCAGGAGCUGGACCGUGACCACCAGAGUAUGAGGAGCUGUCUGAGGGUGAAGCCGCUGGAGAUGCAGAAACGCCUGGAGGGGAAACGUCAGGAGCUGCUGGAGCACUGCUGGGGGGAGCUGCGGGGCAAGGACCCACAGAAACAGGAGGCCCUGAAGGAGCUGAAGCAGGAGCUGGACAGGCAGAUGGACAAGUUCCUGCUAGUCUACAAGGAGCGCUUUAAAAAGAUGGAGGUAAACAAGAGAGCAGCAGAAGACACCAGGAGGGACUACGAACAAUUUGUGCAGGAGCUGGACCGUGACCACCAGAGUAUGAGGAGCUGUCUGAGGGUGAAGCCGCUGGAGAUGCAGAAACGCCUGGAGGGGAAACGUCAGGAGCUGCUAGAGCGCUGCCGGGGGGAGCUGCUGGGCGAGGACCCCCAGAAACAGGAGGCUCUGGAGGAGCUGCAGCAGGGGCUGCCCAGUCAGAUGGACGAGUUCCUGCUGACCUACAAGAAGCGCUUUAAAAGGAAGGCCGCAUCAUUGGGCCUGUACAUUGGGGGGGGAGUCCUUGCAGUGGUGGGCACAGCUGUCAGUGUGGGGGUUGGUGUGGGUGUAGCUGCGGCUGUGGUGACAGUGGAGGAAGCAGUGGCCUUUGGAGUGGGGGUGGGAGGGUUUAGCUUUUUGGGGGCUGGUGCGGCUAGCUGGUUUGCGGCCCGGUUUGGAUGGAAGGUGUCCCAGAAUACAACAGACACCAACACCGCAGGGCAGGGGAACGAGAGGGAGGGCGAGGACAGGUCUUCAGAUCAGGAUCCUCUGCUGCAGGGGGACAGAUAGUGGGGAAGAACCAUCACCCUCGAUCACAGGCAGGAAUCUGUCCCAGCCCUCAGCACUGGGAACCUCUGUAUGCAAGGGGAUAGAUAGAUAGAUAGAUAGAUAGAUAGAUAGAUAGAUAGAUAGAUAGAUAGAUAGAUAGAUAGAUAGAUAG